AUGGCUUCCAAGAAACAAAAGAAUGGACUCACUGAAGAUGAUCGUAUCAAUCAGUUGCCGGACUCACUUUCUCGUACAAAUACUAGUCUAAAGUUGCGGACCAUAAGGUUAGACGAUGACGAUAUUGUGAAAUUACUGUCAAGUUGUCCUGCUUUGGAAACUCUGGAGUUGUCAAUGUUUGGGGGAUUUCGUCAUCUAGAAAUCAAUUCUUCAAAUUUAAAGAGACUAAAUUUGAAUUUCUAUAGGAGCUUUUCUUACGAAGAACCUGAUCAUGUUCUUGAAAUUUUCGCCCCACUUGUUCAGCAUUUAGAGCUAACAGAACAUUUUGGAGAUCUCAAGUGCAGGCUAGUAAAUGUCUCCUCUUUGGUUACUGCCAACUUCACUUUUAACAUUUGUUGUACCACCUUUGAUGAUUAUAGUUGUCGUGAAUUUCAUCAAGUUUUCAGAAACCUUGUUCUGGACUCUCUUCAAAAGUUGACUUAUGCAACUGAGCCAAUAAUUGGAAAUUGGUUUGCAAAGGUUUUGUUCAUGUUGCAACUCGAAGGAGUGCCGCUUCCAGAGUUGAGAUGCAAAUGUCUAACAAUUGAGGUGUAUACCAAGUUUAUAUCUUAUGGAGUAGCUAGCCUUUUGCGGACCUCGCCUUUUUUGGAGAUGCUGAACAUAGACAUGGGAGAUUGGUGUCACGCCUCAAACCAUGGCCUGGCGUAA